GCCAGGCCUAUGACGAGACCGUCGCCCACAUGCGGCUCCUGACGCCCCCGCCCGACCUGCGUCGCCGUCAACGCGUCAUCGCCGUCCUGGCGCUCGCCAUCCUAGUCGGUAAUCAAGACUCUGGUUUUGUUUUGACACAAUGAGACUUCUUCGCUCGAGAGUGAAUGUGGUGCGCAUGCAGCCACCCUGGUCGGGGUGGUCCAGUCCCUGGCCAACACGGCCACGGCCUUGACGGACGACCGCGUGUUCGUGGCCAUGGGCCGAAUAUCCAUCACCGGCGCGGACGCCACCUGCGACCUGCUCCUCGUGGUCCUGAGCGACACCCUGGCGCAGAACCUGCGCGCGUUCGUCGCCAGGCUGCGAGAGGCCGUGGAGCAGGUUGGGUUCCACCCUUGGUUGCUGAGCAGCGCAGAGAGCUCGUCCACUCCACUCGCUGGCUGUGGCUUUCCUUUGCAGAAAGCGGCGCCCGCGUUCUGGGAGGACGCCCGCCUGACCUACGGGAAGCUAGUCGACCUCAUCGCCAUCUUCGACGCCAAGAUGGGGCCCUUCGUAAUCCUGAGCUUCUUCCAGAACGGCGCCUACUUCUGCAACACUUUAACUUACAUUUUGGGGUUUCGUCCAACAAACUCGAGUGGAAAUUCGACGAACUUAAUUUUCGUGGCGGUGAGACUGUUCUUCGUGUCCCUCUUUACCACAAACGUUCAUCAGGAAUGGCUGGGCUUAAAGCUGGUGCUGUCCAACGUGCCAACUGAGUCCUAUUCUAAUGCAGUUCUCCGAUUUCACUCGCAGGUGUGCUCGGAGAACGUCGCGCUGACCGGCCUGGGCGUUUUCAGUCUCACUCGCCAGUUUCUGCUUUCGGUCGUCGGUUUCCUCACUACUUUCGAAACUAUCCUCGUGCAGCUGGGCCGCCACUGACUGAGAUGCCACAAAAAUGUCUGCAGCGAAAAUAAAUGCCGAUUCCUGUUCUGGGUUUUACUGUA